AUGACUAAUGCAGAAUCAGAUACAGUAACAGAAAAUGCAUCAGAAGUACCUAAAGCAGCAAUGCUAACAACAGCAGAAUCAACAGCAGUGUCAGAAGAACCACCAUCAGUAACAGCAGAAGUAACUCCUCCAGCGUUAGAACCAGCUCCUACAGCAGCAACACCAUCUCCUUCACCAGCAGUAGCAGAACAAACUCCUUCAACAGCAAUAGCAGAAGAAAUAUCAUCAGCAACAGCAGAAGCAACUCCUCCAGCUGUAGAACCAGUUCCUGUAGCAGCAGCACCAUCUCCCACACUGGCAGUAGCAGAGCCAACUCCUUUAACAGUAAUAGCAGAAUCAACUCCUCCACCAGCAGCAACUAAACCAACUUCUCCACCAGCAGAAACAGAACCAGCUCCUCCUCCAUCAUCUUCAGGGGUAGCAGAAAAGAAUAGACAAGUCACAGUAAGUGAAGUAUCAUCUUUGUCUCAUGACAAAGUGGUACCAAAUGAUUUUGGAAAACAUGAUCUUAUAAAACUUGUUGACAAAUUGCGGAAUGUUGUGUCGAUAUGUAAAAGAGAAUUGAAGUCAAGUAGAUCUUAA